UUCCAAAGGUACCAGAAGUAUUUGAGCUUGAAACUGAAAUAACGUAUAACUCGAGCAUACCCAAAGAACAACAGCCUGAAGUUGAGGACCAAGUUAGGAAAAAUAUCAAUGACACGAGUUGCAUUCAGUCAGGUUAUUGUAACACGACCAUGAAUUUUAUACCAAACCAAGUUGGUGAUUACACAGAAACAAAGUUGAUUUUAACCUUUCUCAGAAACCUCGACUACAUUGCGAAUAAUACUGGAUUCGUGGAUCAAUCAGUCCUCCAUGAAUUACAGAAGGUGGUUUCAGAUCUUGAAUCAACAGCCGAUUAUCUUAUAGCCGAAAACGUCUUUAAUGUUAAUACUAGCGGAGGCCUUAUACAAGCAGAUGAAUCGUCACUUCGUUUAGAAGGAUUUAUCAACUGCACUAAAGGACACAUUUAUGUAAAUGGAGUUUGCGUUGGAUGUCCAGAUAGUACUUCCAAGAAAAACCACAGGUGUGAAUUUUGUCCAGAAAGAUUUUUUCAAUUGUUAAGACGGCAAAAAAGAAGUCAAACAACUCGUACUCCUGAAUCUGUUGAUGAAGAGAAAUGUUCAUUCGUUUCAGUCAAGUGCCCUGCUGGACAAUUUAAGAAAAACAACGAGUGCAUUUCCUGUCAGAAGGGUUUUUAUCGAAAUCAAACUUCUUGCAUUGCUUGUCCUACUGGGACAACAACUCACACUAACGGAUCUAAUCAUAUUGGACAUUGCUUCCUCAAGUGCCCUGCUGGACAAUUUAAGAAAAACAACGAGUGCAUUUCCUGUCAGAAGGGUUUUUAUCGAAAUCAAACUUCUUGCAUUGCUUGUCCUACUGGGACAACAACUCACACUAACGGAUCUAAUCAUAUUGGACAUUGCUUCCACCAUGAAGUGUUACGGCAAGGUAGUUAUGUUGCAACAAUAGCUGGCUCAGUAUCGGGGACGGUUUCUGCCAUAGUUGCGGUUGUGGGCAUCUUUAUAGCCUGGAGGUUUGUAUGGUAGAAAGCAGAAACUAGU